AUGUUGUGACUCGUAUGUGACGUCAAUUUUUUUAGAAUGCAGCAUGAACAGCGUUGACAUUGUGAGUGCAUUUACCCUUGUUCUUUUUUCAUUUUUAUCAAAAGUAAGCCAUGGAUUUCUCUCGUUUCAACCAAGCCGAGCAGGCUCAGAUUGCUGCCAUGAUUGAACACAAGCAAGUAAGAACAACAAAAGCGAUGAAUAAGCUUAUGAAUCAUAUGUUUAGAUGAAGGAUUUCAUGAGACUUUACAGCAAUUUGGUUCAACGUUGUUUUGAUGAUUGUGCUAAUGACUUUACUACCAAGUCUUUGAAUAGCAAAGAAGAAAGUUGUAUUAACAAGUGUGCUGAUAAAUUCUUAAAACACUCUGAAAGAGUGGGUACUCGUUUUGCAGAACUUAGUCAAAAUAUGGCUGCUCCUGGACAAUAAGAGAAAGAGAAAUUAGAUUGUAUACAACUAUGAAAAAAAAAUAAAAAAAAAAAGG